UCUCACCCACUCUCUCGGGCAAUAGUCCUACAGCCAGUAACAAGAUGGAGCCGAACAAUCAUCACGAUGGCCUCAAUGGGCAAAAGGCCGACAACCCGCUGGAAGUAGCCAUCGUCGGCGGCGGUCUGACAGGCUUGGCUCUCGCCCUUGGCCUGCUCCGACGCAACGUCAACUUCACCAUCUACGAGCGAGCCGCAAGCUUCGGGGAGCUCGGCGUCGGCAUACACUUUACUCCCAACGCGGAACGGGCCAUGAAGGCUCUGGAUCCUCGGAUCCUUCAGAGCUACGUGGACGUGGCGACUCAUGCCGAGGGAGGAUUCUUGAGCUUUGUCGAUGGGCUGCAUGACGAUGACUUGCUGUUCCAGCUCCGUAUGGGAGAGGGCUAUAAAGCGGCUCGUAGAUGCGACAUUGUUAGCCAAUUGGUUAAGCAUAUCCCUCAGGAGCGUGUUCAGCUCUUGAAGUGGCUACAGUCUGUGGAGGAAGACGCUGAGGGCAGGGCAGUCCUCACGUUCCGCGAUGGGUCAACUGCGAAGGCGGAUGUUGUUGUCGGCUGCGAUGGCAUUCGAUCGCAAGUGCGCUCCGCCAUGUUCGGAUCCGGGCCAUCUGCCCCAAGAGCGCAAUACGCCCACCAACUCGCCUUUCGAGGCCUGGUCCCCAUGGCCAAGGUAGCGGCAACACUUGGGCCAGAGAAAACCUCAAGGGCAAUUGGCUAUCUCGGCCCAGGUGGCUUCGUCUUGAGUGUUCCUCUGGCUGGGAUCAACAUGAUGCACCUCGAAGUGUUUGUCAUGGACCCCCUGCCCUGGUCUGAUGAUACUACCGGGAGCAAGCCGGACAAGGACAAGGACGAGGAUGACGUGAAGCGCUACGUCUUGCCUUCAACCAGGGCGGAAGCUGAGAAAGCCUUUACUGAGUUCAACCCUACCGUUCGCUCGCUUAUAUCGUUGCUGCCAGAGGAGCUGGGCAAGUGGGCCAUAUUCGACAUGCUCGACUCGCCCGCCCCCUCGUAUGCGCUUGGACGCAUGUGUCUGGCCGGAGAUGCAGCGCAUGCGUCUACGCCCAACCAGGGCGGAGGCGCAGGUGCUGGAAUGGAAGACUCGCUGGUCUUGGCUGAGAUCCUGGCCGCACUGGCGGACCGCGCAAAGUCAGGGGCUCGAGUUGGUUCAUGGGAAAUCUCUGAGGGGCUCAAGAUUUACAGUGACGCGCGCUACGAGCGGGCACAGUGGCUUGUUCAAAGUAGCAGACGCGUUGCUCAGCUGUUUACGAGGAAGAAGGGCGCCGGACAGGGCGGAGAGGAGGAGGAACCAAUAAGUCGCGAGAUCCUAGAACGAAGCCAUCAGCUCUGGGAUUAUGAUGUAGAUGCAGCGGUGGAAGAGGCUCUAGGAAAGCUGAGGGCAAAGGUGUUAGAGAAGCAUUAG